CAGGUCUUGAACCCAAGAAAUUGGAAGUUGAAGAAAAAUAUAUCCCAGUGAAUGUAAGAAUGAGGAGAACUCAGCAUGGUGUUUUGUCCCGUGAAUUCCUGGAACUGAUGGGUCGCUGUAAUACAAUUCAAGCCCAAUACAGAGACCGCAAUGUGGAGAGGAUUAAAAGACAACUCAAAAUCACUGGUAACAGUGUGUCAGAUGACGAGCUUGAAACAAUGCUUGAAAGUGGACAAACAGAUGUUUUCACACAAAAUAUUUUGAAUGAUGCAAAAGCGACCAGACAAGCUCUGAAUGAGAUCGAGUCACGACACGAUGAGAUCAUCAAACUGGAGAGAAGCAUCAAAGAGCUACAUGACAUGUUUCAGUACCUUGCAAUGGAGGUGGAAGCACAGGGUGAGAUGGUGGACCGAAUUGAGUCGAACAUUAAAAUGUCCCAUGACUAUGUGGAAAAGGCGGUUGCAGACACAGACGCUGCUGUAAAAACAUCAAAAAAAGUGCGGAAGAAAAAGAUCUAUAUUGCGAUAUGCCUUGCUGUUUUACUUCUGAUAAUAGCCAUUUGCCUGGCUGUCAGUUUCUCUUGAUUUUUCUACCCACCAAGCACUGGGUUUUGUCCUCUAAAAUGUUCUCCUGAAGUCCCUUUGCCUUAAAACAUGCCCAUGUGUUCACAUGACCUUUAUUGGUGACCCAACUUUUAUGGUAGCUACAUUUUCUGGAGUUUUUAAGUGUUAAUCUGUUGUUUUAGGCUGCUUUGUCCUACAAAGGACAUGAUUUCCAUGAAAAUGUUAGCUGCACUGCUUGGACAUUUUAAAAAGAUGCAUGGUUAAAACAGUUUGUAUUACAUCAUUACUGUAUAGACUGGAUUUAAAACAUGGUGGACUUUAUUUGGCAGAUGUCAACACUAAAACAUGAUCUCAUAUGGGUAGUUUAAGUAAAAAAGAAAAUGCUAAUGAGAUUCCUAAUAUAUAAAACCUUCAUUUGGAGACAAGCUCAAGAACUCUGAGUGAUGGCCUAUUCGUAUUUGCCCUAAUAUGUUUAUAAGAUGUCUUUUGUGUUAUGUUUUUGUGAUUUAUGCCAUUUCACACUUGAAAUCCACUAAAAAUAGCAAAAAUAGGUCAUCUGUGUAUAUAUAAUAAACUAAUUUUAUACUCUGCUUUGAAUUUCAGUAACAACCUUUCAGAAUACUGCUUCUCAUCAUGACAUUGCAUUCAUUUGUAUAUUUUACCUCGUUUUGUGCUCUGUCCCAGUUAAGACGUGCAUUUUUAAGAAAUGCUUAUGUACAGUUAUUUGUUCAGUGCCUCAACCUUGGUGCCUUUUCUUGACCAACAGUUAAAGUCACCAAGAGUGCAGUUUAUCUGCUUUCACUGAGGACUAACUGCCACAUUUUAGUCAUUCUGGUGUAAAAUUGUCAUUUUUUUAAAAUAAAGUACAUAUUAUAUA